CUUUAAUUGUUUGCUUUCAUUUAGUCUACAAUUCUUUACUGACAUUUGAAAUUUAUCUCCAAAAUAUUCAGAUUGAAAAUCAUGAACAUGUCGACUAAAUGUUUAUAAAAGCAAAAUGCCAUCAAGUAAACAUAUUUUCAAUAUCACAGUUAUUAUGACUGUAAAACAAUACGCGUCCUAAUAGAUCAAAACAGCACCUGUCUGUUGUUUGUGUGACGGGACGCAGAUUUGAUUGGACAGAUUGUUAAUCCUUCAAAAGUUUCGACAGGUCAAAUAGGCGUUUACUGCUGCAAACUCGACAAGGGCACGGACAAAUCAUACAGUCAUGUUUGCUGACAGAAUGAACAUCAGGAGAAUGAAUCCUCUGCCGGUUGGUGACCACGACUGUGAACUGCGCUUCCACAUCUCCAUGAGCAGCUCGCCCUACGGUCAGAGCCUCGGUGAAGGAGUUCCCGCGCACCCCUCCGAUGAAUUAACCUCGGGCCAUCCCAUAAUCGAAGAGACAGCAUCGGAGAUGGACAGGAUAAGUUUUCAGUGUCUGGAAAAUGGAUUUCACGGAGAUUCGGUGCCCAGCAGCGGAACAAUCAAGAAGCCCAGAGCGCUGCGGCUGCUUAACAAUGCGCGUGAACGGAGACGCAUGCACGAUCUUAACGACGCGCUGGAUGACCUGCGAGCUGUCAUACCGUACACACCGAAUGAAAACGUGAAAAAACUCUCCAAGAUAGCGACGCUGCUCCUGGCCAAAAACCACAUCCUGAUGCAAGCUCGGGCCUUGAAGGAGAUGCGGAGGAUAGUUGAGCAGGCCGUGACAAGGAAUACUAUUAUGACACCACAUACAUUGUCAGAUUGAGCCUUUAACGUGUUAUUUAUUUUUUAAUAUGCAAUUAUGAACAAUGUGACCUGUAGUUACACACCAAAAUGUAUUUCAAUUGCCCCCCCCCCCCCCACGCAAGUUCUUUAUGUAAAUAGUGUAACAUGAACACUGUAGGCUAAAUAAACUGUGAAAAGGGAUUCGUUUUUCUGAAGAAUGUGAAAUCUGAAGCCUCAUAUUCACAUUUUCUGUCACUUAUGUUUUGGCGAUUGUGGAAUUGUAAUCAAAAUAAAAAAUAGACAUUGCUGUCAAGACAAGUUUUCAAAAGAAAGGAAAAGUAGCCUAAAGAGUUUAGUUUUUUUUUAAAAAGUAGGCCUGUUUAUUCAUUUUAUGUAUUUUGAAACAUGCCAAAUCAUAAUUUAAGGUAGGCUAACUAAUCUAUCUUAAGCAGCUCAUCAUUAAAAAAGGAUUUAUUUUGAAAAAUGCAAAAAAUAGAGUAAAGUUUUUAAAGCAAGAAAACCAUAUGUUCCACAAAAUACUUUUCUAUAGUUCUUUGAAAGCAUGCUUUAAAAAAAUAAAAAACAGAAACCAUAUAGAAGAACCAAGUAAAUUAUACACUAUGAAGAUAAUGAAAAAUAUAAAAUUUGGGUCCAGUUGCAUGAACUUAUCCACUAAGACUGUUUUAAGAACUAUUCUGACUAGCUGUUAUAGUCAAGGGGUAAUGAGUCUUUAAUUUUUAAGAUCCAAAUUAGACAAAUAUAAAGUUUUAUGUAAACGACUUGAAAUGUUACGACCAGUCUUAAAGAAAAAUAUUAGACUAAACCUUUCAUGCAACCACCCCAAAAUUUGUAUCUUUCUAACCUCUUUAAUGGGAAACAAAGAAACACUUGAGCCUCUAAUAAAGUGGAGGGUUUAAAAAAAAAUACAUAUUCAUACCCUCAAAAUCGCUGUUAGCCUGUUUACAGAAUGUCAGUCUAUGAUACAAGUGAUUUUAUUAACAAAAUAAAUAAAUACGAAAAAAAAUCACACACAAUACAAAUAUGUCACAGACAAAAGUUUUAUUUCAUCACCUGUUUUGUCUAAGAAAUAACAUAUGGUGUGGUUCAACCUCAGAUCACCAAAAUAAAUAAAUAAAUAAAUAAAUACAUUUUCAUUGGCUCCUCUGGUCAUCAUCUGCACAACUUUGGCUGUUGUCGUUUUUAUGUUAUGAGGAGUGAAAGUAAACAAUAGAUGUAUUGUAUUGUACUGUAUUAUCUAGACAUGUAGCAACAAAAAUGUCCCCCUCCUUCUCCCCCUCCACCAGGGGGAUUUCUCAUCUGGUCCACAUAAUAAAGGUGAUAGUCUCAUCUAAUCUCUGAGUCUGAGACACAAUCAAUUAUCUUUCUCGCCCAUAUUUUGAUGCCCGUUUUGCAAUAACAGCAUUGUGUUAGAUAAGAGGAUUAGGCAAAUUC